AUGGGGGAGGUCAAAUUCACCGAUAAGGAUAUCCAGAAGCUAGACAUCGUGGAAGAUGCAGAGAAUCGAGCCGCUUAUGAGCUCACCGAGGAGGAGCGCAUAGUAGAGAAGAAGCUGGUUCGCAAGAUCGACUUCAUCAUAAUGCCCAUCAUCUUGACCGUGUACCUUUUGAACUGGAUUGAUAGAAAUAAUUACGCCUCUGCACGCUUGGCGGGGUUGGAGAAAGAUCUCGGUAUGACGCUCCAGCAAUACCAAACAGGACUGUCCAUCCUCUUCGUCGGUUACAUUCUUGGUCAGAUUCCAUCGAACAUGAUGCUGAAUUACUUUGGUCGCCCGUCGUGGUAUCUCGGCUUCUUCACAAUUGCCUGGGGUCUCGUAAGCGCGUUGACAUCUUUGACCAAAAGCUUUUCCGGAAUCGUUGCAUGUCGCUUCUUUCUCGGUAUUGUUGAGGCCCCUUUCUUCCCAGGUGUACUGUUCUACCUGUCGAAGUGGUACACAAAGAAAGAGAUGAACUUGCGCAUGAGUAUCUUCUACUCAGGUGCGUUGAUUGCGGGUGCUUUUGGGAAUCUGAUCGCAGCUGGUAUUCUGAAUGGUAUGGAUGGUAAACUCGGCAUGUCUGCGUGGAGAUGGAUGUAUAUCAUCGAGGGUGUAAUCACCGUCGCCAUGGGCAUCGUCGUGUGCCUCUAUCUGCCAGAUUUCCCGCAGACCUGGAAGAGUCUCACUGCUGAGCAGAAGCAUGUCGCCAAUCGACGUCUUGCUCUUGAAGCUGCCGAUGCCGAUGUUGAUGAAGAGGGCGCAAUGUCGCAGCUCAAGGGCCUAAAACUCGCUCUCACAGAUGUCAAGACUUGGCUCUUUGUCGGCAUAUACAUGUGCCUCACCGGCGCACAAGGCUUCGGUUACUACUUCCCAACGCUCGCUCGCUCAUUAGGAUAUAGCCGCUUCAUCUCAUUACUACUGGUUGCGCCACCACAUGUCUUCAUGACGAUCUGGAGUUAUUGCCACGGCAUUGUUAGCGACCGUUAUGAGACACGAUUCUGGUUCGCAAUCUACCCGAUCGUCCCUGCAAUCACCGGCUUUGUCCUCUUCAUGACAACCGACGCCUUUGGACCGAAGUAUUUCUCAUUCUUCUUGAUGAUGUUCCUUAUGACUAUGAACGGAACGAUCUUUUCCUGGAUCUCUGGUAUUUUGACAAGGCCUCCCGCGAAGCGUGCGGCUGCGUAUGCCUUGAUCAAUUCACUGGGCAACUCGGUAACAAUCUGGACGCCCUAUACCUAUCUUGACAAUGAGAGGCCGUAUUUUUACACUGGUAUCGGCAUAUGCGCAGGCUUGAUGGUCAUUGCAGCACUUCUCCUGAUCCUGUUAAGGUUUCUUCUCAUCAGGGAGAACAACAGGCUGGCUAGUCUUGAGAAUGAGAACAUGGAGUUAUCGGAGAAAGAGAUGAUCAGACUGCAGCGCACAGCGGAAACGGAGGGUAUCUCGGUCGCGGAGGCGAGGCAGCUCCAGAAGGGUUUCAGGUACCCGAUCUAG